UUAGCGCGCCCAUGCGCGGGGCGUCGUCUGUGAUUGCGGCGCCGUAUGCGUCGUCGCCAUUUGCAAUUACUCGUUAAGGGUCAGCGCACGGCAGGCACGGCACACGCGGCCGCUGUUCCACGUUGUACCCGUCUACCCCCUUUUGAAUUAUCCGUCUCGCAAUGUUCCGAGCCCGCUGUCCGCUAACGUUUGACUACGCCGUCGACCGCUACGUAUAACCUAUAGUGUAGGUAGUAGUAUUGCAAUGAGGGGUGCGCGCGUAUACGCAUGUGUGCGUUAAGAGUGCGUGGUGCAUGUGUGCAUUGCGUGCGUGCUUGUGUCGCGCGCGCCGCACCGAGCGGUUGAAUCGUUACCCUCUCCACCCUCUCUCCGCUCCAUUUCUUUCACUUUCUCUAUCUAUCUGUCUCACCUAACCUAACCUAACCUUCUUUUGCGGCUGGAGCUGUCAGUAGAUCAGAUCGCGGCGCGCGCAAUGAAUUAUCUAUAAUCGUCGUCAAAUCAGGCCCUGCAUUAGACACUUGGAGUAAUCCAUCGCGCACUAAGGAUCAACGUGCUAGGUGAAGCUGUCUUGGAUCUGCUCCUACCCCUCUCUGUCCUUGCACCACCGUUCACCAUCGCGCAGCCAUGGCCUCCUCCAAUCGUGGCAUCCAGAUCGGCUCUGGCUGGUUUCAAACGAAAAUCAACCUUAGGCCGCAACAUCGGGGCGUUCACCUUGUCACCGAAGAGAUCCUCAGGCAGGUCCCUGAGCUCUGCCAAUUUUCCAUUGGUCUCUGCCAUAUUCAGAUUCUUCAUACCUCAGCUAGUUUAGCAUUAAAUGAGAGCUGGGAUCCGGAUGUGAGAGACGAUAUGGAAAUGAUGCUUAACAAAAUAGUUCCUGAGGGUUUAGAAUACAGGCACAGUUGUGAAGGCCCUGAUGACAUGCCAGCGCAUGUGAAGGCUUGCUUUCUGGGAUCGUCAUUGAGUAUCCCAAUCACUGAUGGCAAACUGGCGCUGGGUACGUGGCAGGGUAUUUGGUUAGGCGAGCACCGCGAUCAUGCCGGUAGCCGCAAACUGGUGGUGACGCUAACCGGUGUCCUGAGAGACUCCGCGCGCAGCCCUCUCAGCCCGGUCAGUCCCAUCGCUUCUACCAGCAGCUAGGACCACUCGCACCCCCGAAGGCGUGGCAAACGUCAGCCGCGCGCAUCUAUCUCGAGCAAUUCGAGCUAGCAGCCGCUUCAAUCCUUAGUCAACUUGGAAAAGUACAAUUCAUUGAGGAAGAGUGAGCCGGAUACCUCGCGGACUUAUUCAUCGCCCGGGGAGAGCCAACGCCAAUAGCGAUCGAUCAAGCCUCUUCGAUGUUCGCGUCGAUCGUCGCGAAGUGCACAUACUCGGGGUCGCGCAUCAUUCAAGACUUGUGUGCGUACGUGUAUGUGCUUCAAAGUUCAAUAUCCGUGUCUCCGAUGUCAUUCAGCGAAGGAUAUCUUUUCCUGUUUGAGUGACGACGGGCUGUUGGAUUUGUUGCAAGAGUUCCUUAGAUCAGAAAUUCAUGUGACGAUGGAUUUUUGAACCUGGGUCGAUUUAACUUGCCCUUAUAGCUUCAAAACGUUCCGAUUGUAUGGAAAUUUUUCACUUGUUCAGGACCGAAUUUAAACGAUCGCAUUAAGGGAUCGAUAGAAAUCACGAAUUUGAUAUUCGAAGAUGCGGAAAGAGCUAAGACCACUGAGAGGGCAUUGCGACUCAUUUUUCCAUUCUGCGAAUUCAGAAGUUCAAAGGCUUGGAAGUUCUUCACACAAAAGUUGGAAUCUUUGCAACAACUCGAAACUUUCACUCACUCCUUCAUUCAAUUCUUAGCUUGUGUUAAUCACGCGGGAUAUGCAAUACAAUAAUAAUAAUAAUAAUAAUAAAAGAACACGAAAAGAUAAAGGGGAUAGAGAAAUAGAGAAAUGGAAAAGAAAACUGCCACGCAUUGCGCGUAUCUCACGUAAAUAAAACGAAUUAAACGCGAGUAUCCAGCGCUCUUCCGCCUCGCUCCGAAAGAGAGAAGAAACAAAAAGAAAAAAAAACGGUAAAGACACAUUCUAAGGAAAAUAAUUGGAAGAAAAAAAAAUGAAUCUAUACAUUCCGAUAACGUGUCCAAUACUCCGAAUUUACGUAACUUUAUUUAGGAAAUCCUUUUGUAUAUACAGUAAAGUUAACGAAUACGAGCAGCCGUGCAGGAACUCGCAUCCUUUUUUACACUCUGCUACCUUUAGGCUGUCCUGAAAUGAGGGAAAAAAAAUAGUGAUAAAUAGAGGGUAACAAGAGUGAGAGAGCGUUUAAGAUACACGUUGUGAACUUUCUGACUCGCUUUAAAAACAAAAAAAAUGAUUAGGAGCUGAAUUCAUUGCUCGUGAAGAAUGACGUUUCUAUCGCACAUUGGGGGUGUGUAUAUGUAUAUAAUAUAAGUCCGGCGACGACUUUCUGUGGCGUCACGCGCGUCUCCGCCGAAGUUGUAACGCGCGUUAUAUCGGGAGCGGGUAGUGCGAUCACACAUCCUAUGUGAAUUCUAGCGCGUGUAUCAAGUGUCACAAGAUUCGAAUGUAAGAAACGAAAUGCGGCGGAAAAGCUUGCGGGAGACCAAAUAGUUAAAAAAAAAAUGCGCGCAAUCUUUUUUCUAUUCCGAGCAACAACUCUUCGCAACGAUUUGGAAUUCGCCCAAUUAUGUGAGCUUAUCGUUGAAGAGAGAGAGAGGUCUAUCCGCGAAUCCGUGGGUUCACACUUCACGCAAUCACUCACAUCGGAGAAUAGAUAUUAUUGUACACAAAUGUUGCUAUACGCAUAAUUCACAGACGCAUGAUUUUUUAACCGUAGCUCAUGGAUUUGUCGAAACGUUCAAUUUCCACAUUUGCAAAGCUCGGAGACAAAAGGAUCGCGUGCACUUGCGUUAUUUAGGUUUUCACGAACUUUUUCGCUCAUCUAUUUGUAUACUCGAACUUUGUGACAUUCUGUAAUUAAAGCAACGUUAUUGUACACACGAAGAGUCGAUUGCAUCAAACGUCGAUCGUCGUUUUCUUCGCUGUUUCUUACGUUGCAGCCGCAACUCUAUAUCACUCUAUUAAGCAAAAAUUCGAUUAUUUUUUUAAUAUCAAAACUUUUGCAAAUGACAAAUAUUCUCGAGACACGCUCGCCGAGAAAAAAUUAUUAUUUUAAUUUAAGACGAGAUUGAAGAUAUCAUAUAUUUAUGAUAAUUUAUAUCAAUAUAUAAUCAAUAUAUAAUAUUAAUAUAUAAUUUAUUUAAAGAAAGAAUUAUGUAAGGAAGAAAGAAUCGCUGGAUGGAAUCUAGUCAACCACGACUGUCGAUGCAAUUGACUUUUGCCUACUAAAAAGAUCAUUUUCUCGAGGGUUGCAAGUACGUAAAGCGUCGUUUUCAAGGAUCCAGCACUGCGGCGAAUUAUAACGUUGGAUCGUUUCGAAGAUAGCAAUGUCGGUUUCGGAAAAGUCUUUCUCGAGUUUUUCUCGGCCUCCGAUUUCUCGAAGAUGUGGGGAAUUCCGGUUAUUUUCGGUGCACAGAAUUUCGAGUCUUCGGGCAGAUAUGAAAAAAAACCUGCGUCCUCUUCUUCUUCACGUCGAAGAUUGAUGAAAAAGUAAAAAAAAAAAAAAAAAAGUACGAAGGGGUUUCCUCGUCGAUCCGAACCGACAGUGCUACAGUACAUUCACACAAUGUUAUUAACCGAAGCUUAACUAACGAGCUUGCCGCGGCGUGUUAAAAAAAAAAAAAAAAAAA